UAGAAAAUAAAAAUAAGGAAAGAACGAUAGAAAGCCAACGCCGCGAAAGAAGUAGGAGCAAAGGAGGAGGAGGAGAAUAAGGUGUCUCUCUUGGACUGAUUCGUUGAGAUCGCAUCUCUCUCUCUCUCUCUCAAUGCGUGGGUGAAAGAGAUAAACAAACCAAGCGAAACCAGGAGGCAAACAAAAGAAAGUUGGUGACAAAGUGGGAGAAGACACUCCUUUUAUCUGUCUCGUUUCUUCUCCUCUCCAUUGAAGAAUCCGCCUUGCUUUGGGGGAGCCUCUCUCUCUCUCUCUCUCUCUCUCAUGCUUCUGGUGUGUGCACGUUAAUUAACCCUCUCGCUCGACAAACCUCUUCGUAUACCCUUCUCUUCGUUUCUCCUCCUCCACUGCCUUGUCUCACCUCUUUAAUUUAUACCUCUUUCGAUUUCUGUCUCUUUAUUACCUGCAAUGGCUGUUCAAGCUCAAUACCCAUCAAAUAUUUUGCUCCUCAACAGAAGCGGGCAGGAUCGAAGUAACGCACUUGGAGGUGAUUAUUCAUUGCAACCGCAGCCGGGAGGAUUCCUUGACCAGUCCCAUAUGUUUUUCAGCAAUGGAGUGGGCACCAAUCCACGCAAGAGAGGCAGAGAAGCUGUCGCUGCUGUUGCGGCAGCCGGGGCACCAAUCGACCUCUUCUCUCUGCAAUCUCAGACACCACCAACGCUGGUGAACCUUGCACAACUCCAUAACCAACAACCCAAUGUCGUCUCCACCGGCCUUCGAUUGGCUUUCGGAGACCAACAGCAGCAGCAACAUCAACAUCAUCAACAGCAGCAGCAGCCGCACCCACAACAGCAACAGCAGAGUCUGGUUCUUCCCUCUUCGAUUAUCUCAUCCUUCCUAACAAAAGAUCUCGCUGCUCAAUUAAAGCAACAGAGAGACGAAAUUGAUCAAUUCCUUCAAGCCCAGGGGGACCAACUGAGGCGCACAUUAGCAGAGAGAAGGCAGAGGCACUACCGGGCGCUACUGGGCGCAGUGGAAGAAUCUGCAGCGCGAAGACUGAGGGAAAAAGAUGCAGAGGUGGAGAAAGCAGCGAGAAGACACGCGGAGCUGGAAGAGCGAGUGGCGCAACUUAGAGUGGAGGCGCAGGUGUGGCAAGCCAAGGUGAGACAGCAGGAGGCCACGGCGGCAUCCCUGCAGGCACAGAUACAGCAGGCUAUGAUGAGUGGGGGGGCGCAGGAUAACAGGGAAGGAGAGGGGCUAGGGUGCGCAGGGGCGGGAGAGGCGCACGCGGAGGACGCCGAGUCGGCUUACAUUGACCCGGAGCGAGUCGUGUCAUCGUCGUUGUCAGGCCCAGUGUGUAAAGCGUGUCGAAGGCGAGUGGCGUCAGUGGUACUGUUGCCGUGUCGGCAUUUCUGCCUCUGUACGGAGUGUGAUGCCGGCGCCGAAGCCUGUCCCCUCUGCCUGUCUCGGAGAAGCGCCAGCGUUGAGGUCUAUCUCUCCUAAGAAAGGCCUAAAGCCCAUCAGGCUCAAGGCUCAAGAAGGCCCACGGCCCAAGCCCCAAGUUGAUGCGAUGCUCAUGCAUGCCAUUGCCAUGCCCAUAGUAGAAAGAACUGAACUCAACUGCAGAAAGUACAUAGUAAAGAAAAAAAAACAAGAAAAUCGAUUAAUUUUAAAUAAUUUAAAAAGAAAAAAAAAACAAUUACAGUUGUUUA